AUGGCUCUUUCUCAUUUAUCGGUGCUCCAUGCUCCUGAGCCAUACAAGAAUGCUGAACCUUGCAAAAAUGCUGCCGAUUUGAUGGAGCAAAACUGCGCCAGUUUGGCCAAGUUAACCCUCACCAUCCGUUCCACAAACGACUUGCAGCAAGUAUUUGCCAAAAUGAGUCAACUCCACCUCCGUGAGCUUCAUUUGAUAAUCGAAGAAGCGGUAGAUGAUCAACACGAGUUGAUGCGUCUUUACCAGCUCAUCAAGCUCUGCAACUUGCUGAGUCUCCCCUUGGAAUCUUUCUCCAUUACCUAUCACGCAGACAAUGAAGACGAUCUCCACAAUUCCGUGCGACUUAUGGCUGUUGUGGGUCUUUUAAAUCAGUUGAACUGGAACCUUUGCAAGAGUGCGACACUCAACUUACACAUCAACUACCUUCACGACGACCCUCGCUUGGAGUUGAUCGAAGAGUUGCCUGUUGUGUUGAAUAUUGAAGGCAAAAGACCCAGUGAGGAGGAUGUAUAUGCUGAUCAAGUUCAGUUGAAGAUGUUAGAGCUGUCGUUCAGUUACUUGAAGGGAAUUAUUUAG